AUGCCCAGCCCGGCGAGUGACCAGGCCCAGUGCCCGCGCGCAGGCUGCUCUCCCGCCCCCGGGCCCCGCGCCGACCCCGGCAGGUCCCGCGCUCCCCGACACCUCGCGUCCUCCUUCUCCGUCGAGGCCAUCCUGGCGAGGCCAGCGCCCCGCGCGCCCGCCGCCUCCCUGCUGUCCGCCCGCGCCCCUGCCUCCUCGGGCAUCUGGAAGGCUCCCUCCCGGUCUCCCGCCGCGGGUCUGCCCGGCGCGUACCCCGCUCCCUGGCUGCCCGCCUACCCGAGCCUGGGGCUCUACCAGCCGUCCCCCCAGCCCCCUGCGCUGGGGCUGCGCGCGGCUCACCUCGGCGGUCUCCAGGGCCUCGGCGUCACAGGUUUGGAGCUGAUUCACUGCCCAGGCCUCUGGAGUCCCCCAGGCUGGGCCCCAAGUGAGGACCUUCAGGACACGGAGAGACCCCAAAAGAGGAUUCGAACUAUGUUUAACUUGGAGCAGCUGGAAGAGUUGGAGAAGGUGUUUGCAAAACAGCACAAUCUCGUAGGAAAGAACAGAGCCCAGCUGGCAGCCCGGCUCCACCUUACAGAGAACCAGGUGAGGGUCUGGUUCCAGAACCGCAGGGUCAAGUAUCAGAAGCAGCAAAGGCUGAAACCACCAGCUGUGUCUGCCAUGGCUGCCUCCCCAGACGAGCCCUCCAGCAGCUCUGACACCAUCAUCCAGAGAGAAGACACGGAGUCAGGAGGGGACAGCUGAGGAUUGGGAUGAAGGCUCAACCCAGGCUGCCUGGGCUAGCUCUUCCUGGGGACACCCACUGGACCGACCUGCUCUACAUAUUAACAAAGAGUCUCAUCGGGGUCAACGGGCACCAGAGAAAUCUGAACCGUUGAGAACAUUUCAAUAUUGACUCCUGGGAGCUGCAAUAAUGUAAUGGUCAGCAGCACAGACUUUGACCUUCAGCUAUGUCCUUGGCCACGUUACUGAACUUCUGAGCCUUUUUUCUUCACCUGUGUCAUGAGUGUGUUGAUAGCUUAGAGCUCCCAGGGCUAAGAUGAUGUCUGUAAAGCACUUACAGUGUGCCAGGCCCAGUGCUAAGUGUGUGGCAACUGUUAAGGCUUAUAGACCCCUUCACCUGGGUUGGUGGUGCCUGUAGCAGCCCUGGCUUCCCCAGGGAUUAAUCUCUUCCUGGCCUGGUUGUGGAGCAGAGAGAGGCUCCUUGAAUCAAUUCUGGGCAUAGAAAACUCUUCCCCGACAGAAAUGGUAGAGUUGACAGCAAAAAAAAAA